AUGUCACGCUCUAACUACGGUCGCCAUUCCAGCAGCGACCUUGCCUACGGAGAAGAACCGCAACGAUGGGACCGCGACCGCUUCGAACGCUACUCCCGCAGAGCUCCUGCCCCCGUCGCAGAGCGUGAGACUUUCCGCUUCAGCGAACAUGACCGUCCGGGUCACCAAGACAUCCGCAUAGAAGAACGAAUCGAUAGAGGCCCGCCUCCACGACGUGAAAGAGAAUUCGCAGAAGAUGCAUACGGCCCUGCUGCCAGACCCCGUCGCUCAGACCGUGAGCUCUUCGGUGACCGAGACCCAAGAGAAUUGGCCGACCUCCAGCUUGCUCCUUACAGAAGAAAGUCUAUCGUCGACCGCGAGUUUGAGUUCCGUGAGACCAGAAAUGUGCCGAGACCAGGACUGCAGAGGAGACAAAGCAGUCUCGACACCUUUGACCGCAGACCCUUACGCCAAUACGAGCGAGACGAGUAUCGCAUUCCUGCCGGUGUCCCGAUUCCCCUGCCGCGUCGUCGCUCACCCUCACGAGGGCCCCCUGGCGGCUGGCAUGAGGAAGAGUAUGAGGAUGUGAGACGCCGAGACUACUCUCCUCAGGCUUCAUACCGGGAUGUUGAGAUUAUGCGCGAGAAGAGCGUUCACCGCCGACGAGGACAUCGUGACAGAGCGAGAAGCGAUGCUCGCAGCGUGACCACCAAGCGCAGCGGACGAAGCGCUCGCAGCUCUAGCAGUAGCAGCGCAAGCAGCGUCACUGAAGUCAGCCGACACAGCAGCCCCGGCCCAGCCAAAAUCGGCAAGAAGGGCAAGACUCGUAUGCCCAAGAGGCUGGUUCGCAAGGAAGCCAUCAUCAACCUAGGCUAUCCAUUCGAAGAAGAGGAGGACUUCAUCAUUGUGCAAAGGGCGCUGGACAAGGAGCACAUUGACGAGGUCAUUCGCAUCAGUGAGCAGUACAAGGAGCCGAAAACCAAAACGUACCGCUACGAUGACCCAGGCGCACCACCCGAGGAGCACUUUGAGCAUCUCCGCACCGAAUGGAUCAAUCCUCCCAGCGUUCGCGCCCCAUCUCCCGCCCGCUCCUCACGAACCCGCCGCAGCUCUCCUGCUCGUACCGUCCGCCAGCCAUCCCCUAUGCCUCCGCCUCAACCGCAGACCAUCUACAUCCAAAACCCUGCUCCCGCUCCUCCUCCAGCCCCCAUCUACAUCAGAGAGCAAGCGCCUCCACCACCUCCUGCUCCUAUCUACAUUCAAGAGCCUUCCAGACCUGCUCCACCUCAACAGCAGCCAAUGAUCAUCACCUUGCCCGAGCAUCGUCGUGACCGCAGUCGCGACUACCAUGCCGACGUUCGCGCUUUGGAGGCUGAAGCCCGCGCUCUACGCCUCGAGCGCGAAUCUCACCAUCACAACCACGGUCAAAUCGUCCUAGCCAGACCCGAGCAGUCUGGUUACGAGAUGGUCGAAUACAGAGAGCGUCGCCCUGACCGAGAAAUUGAAUAUGUGGAACGCGACAGGAGUCCCAAGAGAGAAGUCAUUCGUGUUGAGAAGGAUCGGAAAGGUAGGAUGGCGCUCGUCAGGUCUGCGCGGUGA